AUGGCUUCUAGAACCCCACCAGAAAAGGCCCAAGAAACACCCCCCGAACCCGACCCCAUCUACACAACCUUCCUCUGCAUCGGCACCGGUUUCUCCGGCAUCUGUCUCGGCGCCACCCUAGCCCGGUGCUACACCCUCCUCUUCCUCUCUCACGACUCCGCACCCGGCGGAACCUGGCACACCAACACCUACCCCGGCGCCGCCUGCGACGUGCCCUCAGCCCUCUACUCCUACUCUUUCGCGCCCAACCCUGCGUGGACAAGAGUUCUGCCGCCGGCGAAAGAGCUGUGUGCUUAUUUGACGGGUGUGGCGGACAGGUAUGUGGGGAGGGAUGGGAGGACACUGAGGGAGAGGAUGGUUUUUGGGGUGGGGGUUGAGAAGUGUGUGUGGGAUGGGGGGAGGGGGGUUUGGAGGGUUACUGCGCGGAAAGUGGAUGGUUCCAGGGAGGUGGUCGUGUAUGAGUGUCGGUUUUUGUUUUCGGCUGCGGGGCAGUUUGAUAAGAUCCGUACGCUAGACGUGCCCGGGGCGGAGACGUUUGCCGGACCGGUUUUCCACUCGGCGCGGUGGAGGGGGGAUGUGGAUUUACGCGGGAAACGGGUGGUUGUUUUUGGGAAUGGGUGUACGGCCGCCCAGAUCGUGCCGUCCAUCGUUGGGGAGACGGCGCAUUUGACACAGAUUGUGCGGUCCAAACACUGGGUUUAUCCGCCUGUGGACCGGAAGGUUCCGCGGUUUGUGCGGACACUACUGGGGACGGUGCCUGGAUUGGGGGCGGUGCAGAGGUUUGUGGUGUAUGUGGUUGCCGAGGCGGCGUGGACGGGGUUUAGGUUGGAUGAGGCCGGGAAGAGGUAUCGGGAGCGGAAGAAGAGGCAGGCGGCGGAGUAUAUGCGGGGGACGGCUCCUGAAAAGUAUCAUGAGAUGUUGAUUCCGGAUUUUGAGAUUGGGUGCAAGAGGAGGAUUUUUGAUUCCGGGUAUUUGGAGAGCUUGCAUGCGGAGAAUUUGACGUUGACGAAUGAGAAGGCGGUCGAGAUCUUGCCGCAUGGGGUGCGCAUGGCGAGUGGGGAGGUGGUCGAGGCUGAUGUGUUGGUGUUGGCGAAUGGGUUUGCGACGAACCAGUAUUUGGGGGGGGUUGAGUUUGUGGGGGAGGAUGGGGAGACGUUGGCGGAGCAUUGGAAGCCGUUUGGGGGGCCCGAGGCGUAUAAUUGUACGUCGCUGAGCGGGUUUCCGAAUAUGUUUUUCCUCUUGGGCCCCAACACAGCCACAGGCCACACCUCGACCGUAAUGGCCAUCGAAAACGCCGUCAACUACUCCCUCCGCGUCCUACAGCCCGUUCUCGAAGGCCGCGCAGGACUCGUCCGUCUCAAGCGCUCCGCCGAAGAGGCCUACUCCCGCCGCAUGCAGGACGCUCUGCAGAAGACGGUCUGGAUGUCGGGAUGCAACAACUGGUACAUCCGCGGCCCGGGCGGGAAAGUCUGGAAUGGGAUGACCUACCCCUGGAGCCAGGCGCGGUAUUGGUAUGAGUGUUUGUUUCCGGUUUGGAGGGAUUGGGAGUAUAGUAAUCCGAACUCCAAGCUAUUUUAG